AUGCCAGCACCAACAGCACUUCUUCGGGAGCCUGGUAAUAUCUUGCCGGCGGAGGAGCAUAUCAGCCCUUCAACUCUCGCGCAAGAUGAUGAAGUCUUGAUUGAUGCUCAAGUGUCCACCCAGGAUGAAGCUCUUAUGGCACCCGCUACUGAGUCUGCCCAGGAUAUGGACAUGCGCAUUGACGAGGAAAGUCGACCAGUAUUUACACCAAUCGCGGAUUCCAAGACUGUUCUACGGGUUGAGACUCGAAAGGUGCCAGUCCCUCCACAUCGGAUGACGCCCUUAAAAGCGAAUUGGCCGAAAAUAUAUCCUCCUCUGGUCGAACACCUCAAGCUACAAGUCAGAAUGAAUAUAAAGAAUCGAGCUGUUGAACUACGUACAUCCAAGUUUACCACGGACACGGGAGCGUUGCAGAAGGGCGAAGAUUUUGUGAAGGCGUUCACACUUGGCUUUGAUGUUGACGAUGCCAUUGCUUUGCUGAGGCUUGAUGAUCUUUACAUUCGCUCAUUCGAGAUCCGUGAUGUCAAGGCAUCGCUGAAUGGAGAGCAUUUGAGCCGUGCCAUUGGGCGAAUCGCAGGAAAGGAUGGAAAAACGAAAUUUGCUAUCGAGAACGCCAGCCGAACAAGAGUUGUACUCCAAGGUACGAAGAUCACCAUUUUGGGCAGAUUCAAGGAUUUGGGAAUUGCACAGGAAGCUAUCGUUUCUUUGAUCCUGGGUAGUCCUCCGGGUAAGGUUUAUGGUAACUUGCGUAAAGUGGCGUCUCGCAUGAAGGAACGUUUUUGA